CUUUCCCCUUUUAUAACUGAGCUCAACGACGAAGGCCACUAAAACUAUGUCAUACUUCCUGUACAGAGAAGUUGUAGUGUCCAGAGUGCAGCCUCAGAUGGAAUAGCUGGGCUGUCGCCCCUCAUCCGUAACAUUAAAAUUUUGAAUCGAACGGAUCGUACUGUAAAUUUCAAAACUCUUCCUUCUUUAUACUAUGGGCGGUUUAUGGAAUUGUAUGAUCGGCCGUUUUGUCCGACCAAUACCCAUGGUGAGUGGCACUCCGACCAGAUAUCAGGAUUCAGAAGGACACAGGCCUUUCUUGAUUGCUUCUCCACAUGAAGACGCGAAGAUCCGCAGGAGCAAACAGUGUACUCAAGAGGGCGUACGUGCUGGGGUCAAAGCUGCCGGAAUUGCAUGCUUUUGUAGUGCGGUUCCAACGUUAGUUGCAGUCAGAACCAUUCCUUGGGCAAAGGCCAAUCUCAACUACACUGCUCAGGCACUUAUUAUAUCUUCAGCUUCCAUUGCUGCGUACUUCAUCACCGCAGACAAAACAAUCUUAGAAUGUGCAAGGAGGAACACCCAUUACGAUAAAACAACUUAGGGCAGUGCUGGACUUGUUAGGAGCAGGCUAUAGACGUGCUCUCAACCUUACCCCUUGAUGUACCUAGCUUGUCAACAUUCAAGCUUUGUAGUGUGUCUAGCUUCUGAAACUAGUCUCUAAGAUUUCGUAUUACAUGCAUGAAUGAUGGUAUGUUUUUAAUAUAUAUGGACCAUAUAAUAAUCCUAUUUUUGGAAAUAAAAGGAGAAUAGUCAUAUAUUUGCAUUUAUGAGUAAUUUUACUCCUAUUUAGUGUUAAUAGCCGAUGAAAAAACUG